AUGGAUCUUUCAAGUGUACUUUCCUUUGGCUCUCGCCAUUUGCGUCAUUGGCGAAUCGAAGGCUUUAGCGCCGACUACUACAAUGCACUUUAUGUGACAUUUCUAGCUGAUAAUCCAGGCUCACAACAUCCCCCAUACCAUCUUCUUUGUGUUUUAAAGGAUGACGAUGAGGCUCUCGACACGCUGUUCGCCGCGUCAUAUCCAGAAACCGGCCAAACGACAGUUCAUCAACAAACAAUUGAAAGUUUGGCUGGCAGUAUCGCUUCUCGCUUAGAAGCGUGGUCAAGACGCCGCAACCUGUCAUCUAUUUUGGAAACACUUACUCUGGGUUCUCGAUUCCACCUUGAAUUUGAUACGACCGGGGAAGAUGCCGGAGUCUGGCUUUGUCCUAAUACCGAGCUCGAGCGUCGGUACCUUAGCUUAUCCAGGCUCCAGCAGCUCUGGGAGCCGUUGUCACUGGAGAUGCCACCUACGCUGAGACUGGAAGAACUCAGAGCUGUCAGAAGACUGCAUGACUCUGUAUCUGUUGUGCUACUUCCGGAUGGUACGCAAGCCGUGUUCAAAGGCGCUGUCAGAGUCGUAGCACGGCUGUACCACGAACUCCGAGAACUUCUUCGACUACCAAGCCAUCCCAACCUUAUAUCCAGACCAUCCUUUAUCGUCACACGUCAAGUGCCAAACAGACAUGAAACUAUAGUCUGCGGUUUUAUUCUGCAAUAUCACACUGGCGGCUCUUUGCUCAACCGGCUCAAGGACUGUGCCGCUCUUGACGAGGAACCCCAAGCCUGGGACGAGAGCCCAAUCAACCCAGCUCACAUGCCCAAAGGCAUAUUCUACUCAAACCCGCAAUCAGGCUACUUCAAGCAAUUCGCACACGCAACAGACCCCGAGAGACAAAUGAUGGAGAACUACAGCCUGGCAAAAGUCAUGUGGUGCAUUUUCGAGGAACAGACCAACAGCAAGAUCUACUUGGAUGUGGAUGGCUUGCCUGGCGCGCAUUGUGUAUUUCCCAAGUUUGACAAGACGCCCUGGCGCAUGCGUUACUGGAUUUGGCUGUGUACACGUGUCAGCGCAGAAUGGGGGGAUGCUGCGUGCACAUGUCGCGCGGAGGAGGCGCCCGUGUGUGGCAUGACGGGCGCAAGGAUGCAACAGGGUAGAGAGGUUGGGCCUGGGUUAUUGGAAACCUGGAAGUAUCUGCAAGCCACCUUCAACCUGGAACAGGGAUGA